GCCUAUAUUCGUACCACUUUGUGCUGCGAGGUUGUGCAAGUAACAACUCGCUGACGACCGGUGUCCUUUUGCCAACAAAUAUCUACAGAGGCCAACGGAAAUUCACCUGCUAGUUUUUAUAUUACCGGACGAGAUUCAAGACUUCAUCUUAGAAGCAGCCGGCUUUUAGAUCAGCAGGGAAAUAAAGCAUCGAAGAUACGAUGAGUGAUUGGGAGGGAGAUGCGGAUUCUGGUCUGAAGAAAACCUUCGGAGGUGAUUCUGGUGGUCGUAAUUUUGGGGGUAAAGGGCGCGGGUUUGCGCGCAAUGAUGACGGCGACAGUUUUCGCGGUGGUGGAGGUGGUCGAGGCAGAGGCUUCAAUAACAAAAAUAACAAUGAAGACGGAUUCAGGCCCACAAAAAGCUUUGGCGAGGACGACGGUUUUAAGCCCACAAACUUUGACGUCGACGACGGUGGUUUCAAGCCCACAAACUUUGACGACGACGACGGUGGUUUCAAGCCCACAAACUUUGACGACGAUGGUUUUAAGCCUACAAAUGAUGAUGACGGUUUCAAGCCUACAAAUAGUUAUAAAAGCCGUGGCGGCGAUGAUGGUGGUUUUAAGCCCUCGUAUGAUCGAGGUGAUCGUGGAGACCGUGGUGGAAGAGGGCGAGGUGGAAGAGGCGGAGGAUUCCGAAGAGAUGAUAAUGGAGGUGGCUACAAGUCCUAUAACAGUGAUCGAAAUGGUGGAGGCGACGAUAACUGUGACGACGGGGGCUUUAAGCCCUCCUAUAACAGAGACGGCGGUGAGCGGAGGGGCCGAGGAAGAGGUCGCGGAGGCUUCAACAGUGACAGAAAUGGCGGAGGCGAUGACGACGGAAAUGACGGUGGCUUCAAACCUUCGUAUAACAGAGAAGGUGGUGGUCGAGGAAGAGGUCGUGGAGGCUACAACAACGACAGAAAUGGCGGAGGAGGUGGUUAUGGGGGUGGAGAUGACGGAAAUGACGGUGGCUUCAAACCUUCGUAUAGCAGAGACGGUGGUGGUCGUGGUGGUCGAGGAAGAGAUCGUGACUUCAAUAGCGACAGAAAUGGUGGAGGUGGCUACGGAGGCGACGACGAUGGAGAUGGCGGCGGUUUCAAACCAUUCAAUCGCGAAGGCGACCGAGGUCGAGGAAGAGGAGGAGGACGUGGCCGAGGUCGUGGUGGCCGUCGAGAUGGCGACGGCGAUGGUGGCGAUCGAGAUUUUGGCGGUGGUGGUGGCGGCGGCGGCGGCGGUUUCGGCGAUGAGGACGGUGGCGAGAAGAAAGAGCCAGUCAACAAGGAAAUCUACAUUCCUCCAGAGCCCGAACAAGACGAGGAGAAGAUGUUCGACUCGGGAAUUGGUGAGGGCAUCAACUUUAAGAAUUUUGAGAAAAUCAAGGUGAAAGUGAACGAUGGUAUGCCGCAGCCAAUCGAGAGUUUUGAAACUGCCGGCCUGCGACCCUUUGUCGUCGAAAAUAUCAAAAAGUGUCACUACACGACGCCCACGCCCAUUCAAAAGUACGCGCUGCCAAUUAUUAUGGCCGGACACGAUUUAAUGGCUUGUGCUCAAACGGGAUCGGGAAAAACGGCCGCUUUCAUGGUCCCCAUCAUCAACACUCUGCUCUCGGAUCCGCGUGAUUUGGUCUGUCACGGCGAGCACUGCGAGCCCCAGUGUUUAGUGAUGGCACCCACACGAGAACUGGCCAUUCAAAUUGCCGACGAGUGUCGCAAGUUUGCCAGCUCGUCGAUACUCAAGAUUGAGGUGGCUUACGGAGGCACUGCUGUCGGCUAUCAGGCCAAGCGAAUUCUGAAUGGAGCGCACAUUGUUGUCGGCACAUCGGGCCGAUUAACGGACUUUCUCGAUCGAGGACGUAUCCAGCUUGGCUCGCUUCGAUACCUGGUGCUCGAUGAAGCCGACCGGAUGUUGGACAUGGGUUUCAUGAAAGACGUGGACAAAAUUGUGGAUCACGAAACGAUGGCAAAGGACCGACAGACACUCAUGUUCUCGGCGACCUUCCCCGAAGAAAUUCAAAAACUCGCCGGCCGAUUUCUCAAGCCCGACUAUGGCUUUAUCACGGUGGGCAUUGUCGGUGGCGCCAACGAGGACGUGGAGCAAAACUUUCACGAGGUUAUUCGUAAGCAGAAGAAGCCGCGACUGGUGGAGAUUCUUGACAAGGAGAAGGAGAAUGGCACGCUGGCGGGCACAAUUAUUUUCGUCGAGACGAAAAAAACGGCGGAUUUUCUCGCUGCGUAUUUGUCGGAGAAUAAUUAUCCGACGACGAGCAUUCAUGGGGAUCGAUUGCAGAGUCAGCGGGAGGAAGCUCUGCGCGAUUUUCGAUAUCAGAAGAUGAAGAUUUUGGUGGCGACGAAUGUCGCGGCGCGAGGACUCGACAUUAAGGGGGUCUCGCACGUGAUACAGUAUGAUAUCAGCAAAGAGAUUGACAUGCACGUCCACAGGAUUGGACGAACGGGUCGAGUUGGACACAAGGGUCGUGCGACGACCUUUUAUGAUCCGGAGUCGGAUGCGGCAAUGGCGGGAGACCUGGUGAGAAUUCUCAAACAGGCGGGACAACCCAUUCCCGAUUUCUUGCAAUCUGGAGACAGCGGCAUUAGCUUUCAGCCGGGAAAAUCAAGCUUUGGUGCUCACGAUUUCCGUCAGUCUGGAAAUGCGCCCACCACCGAUUUUAACGCUGCCGAGACUGGUGGAGAGCCAGAAGAAAACUGGUGAGCAAGAAAGAUUCGUUCAUACCUUGUGAAUUUCGUAACUUUUAAAUUUGGUGAUUAAGAAUUGAACCGCAGUAUUCUCAUUACUUUAAAUAAUAUUAUUAUUAUUAUUUCUUUUUUUAAUCGACGCAUAGUUUUUUUUUUACUUUUAUAUUUUUAGUUAAGUUGAAUUGUCAAGAUAUGCAUAUGCAGAACGUAAUCUCAAAAUUUAUAUGUGUAGAGUAUAAACGUUACGGAUGAAUGUUUCUUAUCAAUGAUUUGAUAACUGGCAACUCAAUCUGCGUUGAUAUGGUUGCAAAAGACAGAUUGACAAUAUUGCCAGCUGCUAGUCUUUAUUUUUUUGUUACCGGUCUUACAUGUUGUACUACGCCUGUGACGAUAAUUAAAGUAAAUAUUAAACAAAAAGAAAUAUAUAUUUUGUCUAAUAUGAAGGAAUGUAUAGAAAGGAUGGUACUGAAACUUAGCUUUAUGAUACUGAUACAAAAAAAAAUAAAAAAAAGAGUUAUUAGGACAUUGUUUUUAUGAACGAAAAAAGAAAAUACCUAUUGCAUUUUGUAGUACGAGCUAAGUAUAAAAAAAACUCAGUGAUGUUAUGCAAGUGUUAAACGUUGUAUAAGUUUCUUUUGUAAUAAAAAAACCUAAUUUGAA